GGACAAUAAAGUUUCGAAAGUUUGAAAAGGGAGGGAAAAAACCCCCCACGCCCCUUUGGCCCGGCGGGUGUGGACGCCUGCGGCUGCGGCACAGCCGGCACCUGGCGUGCGGGGAUGGGGGUCACGGUGGACGUGCGCCAGGUGUACAAGUACCCCUUCGAGCAGGUGGUCGCCAGCUUCCUCCGCAAGUAUCCCAACCCCAUGGAUAAAAAUGUCAUCUCUGUAAAAAUUGUGGAGGAAAAAAGAGAUGUCUCAACAGGGAUCAUCUAUAGAAAGAGGAUUGCAGUCUGUCAGAAUGUGGUUCCAGAAAUUUUAAGGAAGGUAAGCAUUUUAAAGGUACCUAGUAUCCAGUUGGAAGAGGAAUCAUGGCUCAAUCCUCAGGAAAGAAACAUGGCUAUACGGAGUCACUGCCUUACGUGGACACAAUAUGCAUCCAUGAAGGAAGAGUCUGUCUUCCGGGAAAGUAUGGAAAAUCCAAAUUGGACAGAGUUCAUUCAGAGAGGCAGGAUUUCAAUCACAGGGGCUGGCUUUCUCAACUACAUUUUGGAAACUUUUGCCAGCACGUUCUUAAGACAGGGUGCCCAGAAGGGAAUUAGAAUAAUGGAGAUGCUGCUGAAGGAACAGUGUGGUGCCCCCUUAGCCGAAUAAAGAAUCAUCAGGGAGCUGUGUUGUGCUACUUCUGCUCGGGGAUCACUUCUUGGCCAUAACACAUCACUGAUGCAUGCAGUUUUCCAAAUACAAGCUUAAGGAUACAGUGUCGGCAGCUUAAAGAAGAGGAGGCCUUCCUGCCAGGACGUGAAACGAUAUCCUCCCCUGGGAGCCUGCCUCAGAUAGUGGCCCUCUUGGAUAUGAGACCUUCUAGAUGGACUUUUAUGGCACAGUGUCUUUAUGAUUUACAAAUAAAGGAAAAAACCCAUAGAAGGUGACGUCUGCCUUCUUCAGGAUGUCUUGCUGAUUGCCUGGUGACGAUGUCAGGGAAGCAAAGGACAGGCUAGAGGCCUGGCGAGUGGCAUUUUGCCCAUGUUAUCAGCAUCAUAGGAUUCAUGAGAAGAUUUUGGGACAGAUAAAGGAGUUGAACCUGAUGCCUGAUGCAUGGGUGGCCUACAACAGAAAGGAAUGUAGCAGGCCUGUGUUGAAGCUAAGCCAUAUUUAAGAGUCUCGUGCUCUACCGACUGAGCUAGCCGGGCGGAUGAAGCUAAGCCAUAUUUAGAGUCAUAUUUGAUUCUCAGAAAUCGGGAGCAUUUGAUAUCUACCCAUAAGUACUACCUAAGGGCCAUCAGUAUAGAUUCUGUAACGUAACGUGUCAGCUGUGUCAUUUGGUCUCCUGGAAGAACAUGGCGUGGGGAGCGGGGAGGCAGCGUGUAACUUCGGCAUUGUGAGAUGUGGAGCAGAUCGUUAGCCUCUCUGUGUUUCACUGGCAACGGGGCAGAGCUGGGCACAGAUGUCUCUGUCUCGUGAUGAUUAAACACGGAAGGGCGGGGGGGGGGGAGUGUGAAAAGCACAGUUGUGGGAAUUCGACAGACCUGUGGGUGCAAGUGUUGCCGCCCACCAGCUCCAUGAUCGAUCAGGUACAUAAUUUUCAAUAUUUCUGAAGCUCUUUCUUUUUAAUUGUACAACGGGGUUAUGGGAUUAACUUCGUGAGGUUGUUGGACCGAUUUGAGGUCAUGUCUAUCAAGUGCAAUAUGCUACCUCUUGCAGAGUAGAAGUCUUGUAAACAGAAGUCGUUAUUAUGUGAAACCAUUUUGCAAAUGUACUUUCCAGAUGCAUUGUAGGGUAGUAUUACUGUUUGAAAGUUAGGUGACAGUAGUUUGCAUUUCCCAUGAUUAGAAGCCAAAAUAUUAACGCACACUACCUAACCGAAAGCUUGAAGAGAGGCAAUAAUUUGGAAUUUAUCUGAUUAAGAUAAAAAUUGGGCCAUUACUGGAAAGACUUGGGGAAAUCGUUCUUUUUUUUUUUUUUAAUAUUUGAAUAUUUUUCCACUUAGUGCAGUGAUGAAUUUCAAAACAAUUUUAUUUGUUCAUUCAGGCCUGCCAGUGUGAGCUUCUUCUUACUGUGUUUGAGCUGUUUAUGCUGCUUGAGUUUUGUCCCUUAGGAUAAUUCUUAUUUUUUUAGUGUUUCAUUCUUCAGGUGUGUUGGAGGGAAAAGGAAUGGUAGAAACCAGAACACACUUUGACUUCCUUUUCCAGUUUGUAAAUGGCAUUUGGUAGGCUUUUGGAAUAAUAUCCCAUUUCACAAAAUAAAAGGUGAUGUAAAUUAUCACAAAGGUGAGAGGUUAGAAAUCCAUAUUUGGAGGUUGACAUUGGAAUGAACUUACUGCUUCACACUCAACACUGUGCAUCUUCCGAAGGCAGGAGUUCUCAGCCUUGGGUGUUCAUUAGAACCACCUGGGGAGCUUUAUGCACCAUCUGCUGCUGCCCGGGGUUACGUCCCAGAGCAAUACAGCAGGAUCUCUGGGGCUGGAACCCGGUGUCCGUAUUUUCUUUUUUUCUAAAAGAUUUUAUUUAUUUAUUUGACAGAGAGAGAGAACACAAGCAGGGGGAGUGGGAGAAGGAGAAGCAGGCCUCCCGCCGAGCAGGACGCCCGAUGCGGGGCUCGAUCCCAGGACCCUGGGAUCAUGACCUGAGCCGAAGGCAGACGCUUAACAACUGAGCCACCCAGGCGCCCCCGGUGUCCGUAUUUUCUAAAG